AAAGUUUAGAAGCUAUUCAUUUAUUUUUGAAUGGAAAAGUUGGCGAUUUUACGCUUAUUUUCGGCGAUUCUUUACGCUCUUUCUUCAUUUCUUAUCGUUGUCAUAAACAAGAUAGUUCUGACUACAUUCAAAUUUCCCUCAUUUCAAUGCCUUGCAAUUGGUCAAAUGAUAACGACUGUUUUAGUGUUGGGAUUUGCUAGGGGGUUUAGACUAAUAAAUUUCUCUUUGGAUGCAAAAGAAAUGUUAAUAAAGAUUUUUCCAUUACCAUUAAUAUAUUUGGGAAACAUUAUGACUGGAUUAGGUGGGACAAAAAAACUUAGUUUGCCAAUGUUUACAGUUCUUCGAAGAUUUUCAAUACUCUUUACUAUGAUACUAGAAUAUAUAAUUUUAAAAGUUCGACCAUCUAAUUGGAUACAAUUAUCAGUUUUUUCCAUGAUCCUGGGAGCUAUUAUUGCAGCUAGCGAUGAUCUAGCUUUCGAUAUCAUUGGCUACAUAUUUAUAUUUGGGAACGACGUGUUCACGGCUUUGAAUGGCGUUAUUGUUAAGAAGAAGCUCGAAAACAAAGAAAUUGGUAAAUAUGGUCUGAUAUUCUAUAAUUCUUUCUUCGUGAUACCUUUUGCUCUCAUUUACGCAUUUUUAGAUCAAGAACACGUAAAGCUCGCUGAAUUUACCUCAUGGAAUGAACCCUUGUUUAUUCUUUCCUUUUUAUUAUCCUGUUUCAUGGGAUUUAUUCUAAAUUAUUCCGUCGUUUUAUGUACGCAUUAUAAUUCUGCCCUGACUACUACAAUAAUCGGUUGUCUGAAGAAUAUGAUAGUGACUUAUUCCGGUAUGAUGAUUGGAGGUGAUUACAUAUUUUCCUGGCCAAAUUUCGUUGGAUUGAAUAUAAGAUCCGUACUCUCCGAGGUGACCACGCUAUUCCGUUAAUAUUCAAUUUCAUCACAAUAUUUUAAUUCCACCAAUUUUUCUAGCAUGAGAUAGAUACAAUAUUAAUUUAGUAUAGCAAUCAAUAACACACAUUUAUUUGGCCAUUAAUGAUUGUGUCAAAACAUCACCAGAAUUGAUAAUUAAUAAAGCAUCACUACUCAAAAAAAUCGUUAUCAUAUUUCAUUAAAUAUUCUACUAAUACGCCUAAAUCUUAAAAAACUUCUUUUUGAUUGCAAUACCAGAUGGGAUUUGAUUCUUUUUUAUUAUUUAUUUUUAUAAUUCAGAAUAUAUUAGAUGGCAAAAAUUAUAUUAAAUAAUAUUUAUAAUUAGCUGUUCAGGCUCCUGGUCUUUGGUCUGGACCGGUUGUUAAAAACUUUUCAAUAAUUGUUGGUACUUGCUAUAUGCUGUUUUAUUAUGUAGCCAUUUAAUAAGUUAAUUAAAAUAUUUAUGAUAAGAUCAUUCGGAAUGGCUACUAAGUUAGACCGAACCCUACCUUAAUUAAUAUGACCUAGACUAUAUUGCAUUAAAGGUAUGCAUAUAUUAGUCCCCCAUCAGUUAGUGACAUUUAUUAGAGUACAGAGACUUCACUAUAUACCCACUUUUAAUAAAUGUAUCAUGAGUUUAGGUUAG